ACAACACACCACUUGUGCUAAAGGCGGACCAAAUAUCCGUUUCCUGUGUCGUGAACACAGCACUCAGGCCGCUGUAAACAUGAACACAUCGCACCAAAAACUGGUGGAGAGGAGGUUUCACGCUUACAUCACGUUCCCCUCACUCAGCAAGCUGAGCAUGGACGAGACAAGCGACGAGACCCUGACGAAGGAGUUCGAGUCACGUGAUGACCUCAGCUCGGAUGACGAGGAACCAAAACUGCGAAGUAGAGAGAUGACCAGUGACCUUGACCCAUCACGUGUCAAUUCAUUGCCCAGCAGGAAAGGUUUUAUCGCAAGUUCCGACACCAACCCCAUGAUGGACGGCGACAGACUGAAGGAAGAAUUCAAAGACGCGCAGCUGAAGCAGGCAGCAAGAGACCUGUCCUCGCCACUCGACAGCCCACUGGCCACCCUGGUGUACGAGGAGAGGCCGCCAGAUUACGACUCUCUGCGGGAUAACACAGAGGUCAAGCAGCUGGUGCCAGCACGCAGGUCCAUCGCUAAGCCCCCAAUCAGCUUCUCCCGCUCGUCCAGCUCCAGUUCUGAGAGCGAUGACGACAUCAGCCCCGUGGACCAGCUGUCACUGCUCCGGACCAUCGAGAGCCUGAAGCAGGAGCAGGAGAGGAUGCGACAGCUACAGGAGGACCACGACAAGCAUCUCAAGGAGCUGUUGGAGCGGGAGCCGUGUGUCCACAAGAGACUCGAGUCUAUCCGCAACAGCAACCGCUUGAGGAAACCUUCGCACGGUUACGCUAACGCCAGCAACAGUCCACUGGCCCAGGCCGUGUUCACGGAGGAGCACAUCUAUGUGCAGCUGGAGCAGCUCUACGCCAACUUCCACCGCCUCCACUUCCCCACCAAGACCAUCCAGAGUGUGCUGGGCCACGCCAAGAAAGAUGGCGGCUACUACGACGCCAUCGCUCUCAGUGAGAUUAGCUCGCUGAAGGAGACGAACAUCAAGCUGAGGAAGAAGAUCUCAGAACUAGAAGAGCAGCUUUCAGCCAAACCAACCAGACCCCACUUCGGACAGACCCCGCCUCCGUUCGGCAUGAUCCCGCCCCCAUUUGGCAUGACCUCGCCCCCGUUUGGAAUGACCUCGCCCCCAUUCGGCAUGACCCCGCCCCUUCCCUGCUCCCAGAUGAAGUCUGCCAAGUCUGAGGGUCGUCUGGAUAAAGUGGGGCUGACACCAGAACCUGAGAACCGUUCCAAGUUUGUAGCAGGUCGACCCACCUCUCCCCUGCCCCUCCCCAUCGUCCCCCAGGAGAUCCGCCCCGUGGAGAUCACCUUCAGGUGGACCAUCACCGACUACUCCAAGAAACUGAGGGACGAGCAGAUCCGUGGGCUCAAGGAAUCUUCCAGCCCCUUCUACCUCAGCCACUGUGGCUACAGGGCCCAAAUGGAAGCCUACCUGAACGGAAACGGUACCGCCACUAACAGGUGCAUGUCCGUGUUCCUGCGGAUCUUAAAAGGCGACUUUGACCGUCAUUUGAAGUGGCCAGUCAACUUGCAGUUUGUUGUCAUCCUCGUCAACCAAUCAGGGAACCACAGCGAUUCCCUGAAGGCCGGCGGGAACCAGUUCCAGUACACGAAGCCGUGUGGGGUGGCUGACGCCGAGAGCGACUGCUGGGGUCUCAUCGAGUUCGUCUCCCACGACAUGAUCCGGCAGCGGCAGUACAUCCGGGACGACAGGAUCAUCCUCAAGUGCCGGGUCAUGUUCCUGCCUUAGGGGGGAGGGGCGAGGGGAGGGGGUCCAUGUGUGGUGUCAUGUUGACCUCAUGUGGCCCUAUGUUGUGUAACUUGACCGGUGAUUGUGGUUAGCCACAAAGUGGACAAGAUUGUUUAACUUGCUGUCAUGAUUGGUGAAGUCAUGAUUGAAGUCAGUGAUUGGUGAAGUCAGUGAUUGGUUAGGUCAAUGAUUGGUGAGGUCAAUGAUUGGUUAGGGCAAUGAUUGGUGAGGUCAAUGAUUGGUGAGGUCAAUGAUUGGGGAGGUCAAUGAUUGGUGAAGUCAUGAUUGAAGUCAAUGAUUGUUGAAGUCAAUGAUUGAACCCUGGGCAGUACCACAUCACGUAAUUUAUGCAGCAACAUAGACAUAAAUCAGGUGAUUGGUACACAUCAUCUUAGCUAUAAAUAGAACCAUAGGCAGCUCAAAAUACUUGUGUUGGUGCCAACUAUAAUCUAUUUGAAUAUAAAUUGUGAAUGUUCUUUUAUAAAACAUUCUUCUAAUAUGUAGCCCUUCUGAGAUGUUCCCAUACAUGUAAUUAUGGUAUGUUGCCCAAAAAGUCUGCUAGUGAGUUGAUCUCUGUAUACUUUUGGUAUGUUUCUCUCUGUAUACUUUUGGUAUGUUGUCCUGUGUAUACUUUUGGUAUGUUUUCCUAUGUAUACAUUUGGUAUGUUUUACUGUGUAUACUUUUGGUAUGUUUUACUGUGUAUACUUUUGGUAUGUUUUACUGUGUAUAGUUCUGGUAUGUUUUCCUGUGUAUACUUUUGAUAUGUUUUACUGUGUAUACUUUUGGUAUGUUUUACUGUGUAUAGUUCUAAUAUGUUUUCCUGUGUAUACUUUUGGUAUGUUUUACUGUGUAUACUUUUAGUAUGUUUUACUGUGUAUACUUUUGGUAUGUUUUACUGUGUACACUUUUCGUAUGUUUUACUGUGUAUAGUUCUAAUAUGUUUUCCUGUGUAUACUUUUGGUAUGUUUUACUAUGUAUACUUUUAGUAUGUUUUACUGUGUAUACUUUUGGUAUGUUUUACUGUGUACACUUUUGGUAUGUUUUACUGUGUAUAGUUCUGGUAUGUCGUCCAGUUGUAGAAGCUACAUUAUGGUGUUUAUGAACUGUAUGUUGUGAAUCACCAAAUUAUGCAGCCCAAUUAGCUGAUGUCAUUGUGUCAAUUUUUUUUUUUUACUUUUAUAAAGAAAAUGUUUUUUAUUUAUAUUUGGCUGCGGGUCGGCAAACGCAUCAGAUCUUUCAAGAUUUUGAUUUUACUUGAAAAUGUCAGCAGCAUUUCAUAAACCAUAUUAGUGUCAACAUCAUUUCAUAAACCAUAUUAGUGUCAACAUCAUUUCAUAAACUAUUUUAGUGUCAACAUCAUUUCAUAAACCAUUUUAGUGUCAACAUCAUUUCAUAAACUAUUUUAGUGUCAACAUCAUUUCAUAAACCAUUUUAGUGUCAACAUCAUUUCAUAAACUAUUUUAGUGUCAACAUCAUUUCAUAAACCAUUUUAGUGUCAACAUCAUUUCAUAAACUAUUGUAGUGUCAACAUCAUUUCAUAAACUAUUUUAGUGUCAACAUCAUUUCAUAAAUUAUUUUAGUGUCAACAUCAUUUCAUAAACCAUAUUAGUGUCAACAUCAUUUCAUAAACUAUUUUAGUGUCAACAUCAUUUUAUAAACCAUUUUAGUGUCAACAUCAUUUCAUAAACUAUUUUAGUGUCAACAUCAUUUUAUAAACCAUUUUAGUGUCAACAUCAUUUCAUAAACUAUUUUAGUGUCAACAUCAUUUCAUAAACCAUUUUAGUGUCAACAUCAUUUCAUAAACCAUGUAAGGGUCAACAUAAUUUCAAAAGCAUUUAUUUUGACUGCCAACAUUUUAAAAUUUUGUCGUCAAUUUAUAAACAUCAUUGAAAAUGUUGUAUGCUGGCAUAAUUUUAUUGACAUGUUUGGUCUACAUCAUCUUACUGAUUACAUUUUUUAUCUGUCGCCUAAAUAAUGUUGAAUAAAAAUAUUGUAUCAA